AUGAUAAGCUUCAAGAUGUUUGGGACUUCUAAAAUAAUAUGCUACGGAAAAAAUUUACGGCUUUUGAUUACAUUUUGUUCCUGCACUGGCUUUUUAUUGCUUGGUUACGACCAGGGCUUAAUGGGUACCAUUAUAGGAGCAGAUAAUAGGUUCGGUCGUGAUUUCAACCAUCCUGACUCUACGGUACAAGGUUUAUUGACAUCCGUAUACGAUUUGGGUUGUGUUGGGGGGUCAAUUAUAUGUUUUUUUAUUGGCGAAAAGUAUGGUAGAAGAUCAAUGAUGUUUUGUGGGGGGUUGAUUAUGAUAAUAGGAACUAUCAUAUUAGCAGCAUCUCAGUCAAGAGGCCAAUUUUAUGCAGGUAGAAUUAUUACUGGUAUUGGAAAUGGUUUCAAUUCGUCAACUAUACCUGUAUAUCAGUCUGAGUGUGCUCUAGCUUCUAACAGAGGCUCCAUGCUAACUUGGCAAGCAGUUGUGACAAUUUUCGGUGUAGUAAUAGCCUACUGGGUAGGGUAUGGUACAUCUUAUACAGAAAGUCCUUUUCAAUGGAGGUUCCCAGUAGCAUUUCAAGGUAUUUUUGCAAUUAGUCUUACUUUAGAAACAUUCUUGUUACCAGAAACACCCCGUUGGUUGGUAACCAAAAACCGUAAAGCGGAAGCUACGCAGGUUUUGGCUGCUAUUUUGGAUAAGGAUGUGAAUGAUCGGGUAGUCAUUUAUGAAAAAGAUGAAAUAGAGAAAGCGGUUGAAUUAGAAGGCGCCGGAGGCCCUUUUCAAUUCAAAGAACUUUUUGGAGGUGGUGACAUUCAAAAUUUUAGAAGGUUACUAUUGACCAUAGGUAUAAUGAUAAUGCAACAAUUUACUGGUUCAAAUAUGAUAAAUUACUAUGCCCCAGUUGUUUAUCAAUCUACAAUGAAAUUAAGUAGAAACACUUCACUAAUACUUGCUGGCUGCACGGAAAUUGUAUAUCUUGCAGCGUCUUUCUUCCCACUUUGGGCCGUUGAAAGAUUUGGAAGAAGGCCAUUACUCUUGUACUCUUCAGCGGGACUAUCUUUUUGUUUUAUAGUUGUUUCCAUUUUGUUGUCUAUUGGGACAUAUGGGUGUGGUGUGGGUGCUGCAUGUUUUAUCUUUAUAUACCAAAUUUUUAUGGGAGUUGGUUGGUUACCAGUACCUUGGUUUUACCCUUCAGAAAUCAACGUUACAAGGCUAAGAUCUAGAAAUCAAGCUAUAGGGUCAGCAUUUAACUGGUUGUCAGUUUUUGCGGUUGUACAAAUUACUCCUAUAUCCAUUAAUAAUAUUGGUUGGAAGACUUUUAUAAUUUUCGCCAUUUUGAACGCUGUUUGGAUACCUAUAAUCUAUUGCUUUUAUCCAGAAACUAAGGGACUAGAAUUAGAAGAUAUUGAUCAUAUCUUCGAGAAACCUGGUAUUACUAGGGGAGUAUUCUCAAGUAGAGGUAAGCCUAUUGACCCAAACGAAAAACAUUCUUAUGAGGAUAGUAUUAUUGAGAAGGAAUCAAUAAUACACAUUGAAAAAGUUUAA